AUGAGUUCUCUUCGUCUCCAUAACCUCUUUAGUGUAAAAGAUAAAGUGGUGAUUAUUACAGGUGGUGGUCGUGGUAUCGGCAAAAUGAUGGCUGAUGGUUUUGUACAGAACGGAGCUCGAGUAUAUAUCGCCUCCCGUAAUUUGAAAGCGUGUACAGCUACAGCCCAAGAGCUGACUGCUAAAGGCCCGGGACAAUGCAUUCCCCUGCAAGCGAAUCUGAUGAGCGAGGCUGGUUGCAAGGAUCUUGCGGCUGAGAUCGCCAAAAAGGAGAGUAAAGUGGACGUGCUCAUCAACAACUCAGGCGCUUCAUGGGGUGGAGACUUUGAGCAUCACCCAGAGUCCGCUUGGAAUAAGGUCUUGACGGUAAAUGUGACGUCGCCCUUCCAUCUUACCAAGUUCCUCUUGCCGCUUCUUGAUGCUGCUGCAAAGACGUCAGAGGCUGCACGUGUCAUCAAUGUUGGGUCAGUGGCUGGGCUCGUGCCGCAGCAGAUUGACACCAUUGCGUACGACACGUCCAAGGCUGCGAUCCAUCACAUGACGCGCGUACUGGCGGCCAAGCUAGCGCGUCGUCCGAACGGUGGCCACAUUUUGGUAAACGCAAUUGCGCCAGGAAUUGUGCCGUCCAAGAUGUCCAAGGGUAUUUCAAUGGUCACGGGUCUAUCCAUGGACGACCUUGCGACGAGGAUUCCUAUCGAGCGAUUAGGCCAGGAUUCUGAUAUGGCUGGACUUGCCAUUUUCCUGUCGUCCAAGGCGUCAGGAUGGAUUACUGGUAUGGUGAUUGCAUCAGAUGGUGGGCAAGUCUACACGAUGGAGACUGGUAUAGGGCGCGCUAAGCUGUAG